AUGGACAUCAUAAGAGCAUCCUUGGCCGGAUCCUUGCAAGUGGUCAAGACAUGCCUCGCCACUAGGCGGGGGCGUCGUUUCCUUCUAGCCAUCCCAAUCGUUGUCGGUACCGUUCUUAUCCUUUCGACCCAUACUAUCGAUACCAUUGAUCUUCGCCGCCUUUCAAAAACCCACAACAAGGACAGCGACGGAAAUCGAUUCCUGGAACAAAACAACGUCUGGAGAGCACGCACCGUAGCGCAGGAGAUCGAGAUCCCGGACUCUACAUGGACUUGUACCGACGACGGACUAUCCCAAACCGAAAAGGACACCAAAAAGAUUAAGCGGUCUCGUCAGUGUGUCGUCAAGAAUCUUUGUGUGGACCGCCAAGGUGCUUUCAUCAGGAGCAGUAAUCGGAACGUUAUUUCCAUGCCAGAGGUGAAUUUGAUGUCAGUGAAUGGGCCCUCGGACAUAUUCUGGAAGCCAAGGGUGGAACGUUCCCGAAGCAAGAUGAUGAAAGCUCAUUAUGUUGACGAGACACUGUUUGUCCAUGGAAUCUUUUCGCCCGGGCACUUCUCUCACUGGCUUUACAACGGCAUGCUGCCACUGUACAGUACGAUGAAGAGAUUCAACGGGACAAAGGAUUCUUGGACGUUCCUUGCAGGAUACAAAUACUACGACCAGGACAGCAAGCGCAGCAAAGGGUGGGAGAUGCGGCAUGUAUUUCAAACGGGAUUCGAACUGGUUCUUUCUCAGGAUCAACUCGUCACAGAUUUCCAGAUGCUCCCUCCUGACGACGCACCAAUCUGCUUCCGUUCUGCUGUUGUUGGAUUGGGCAGCCAGUGUGCAUUGGAUUACUGCGAGUUCAACAUCCCUGUCGAGAUCUACUCGUCCUUCCGGGAUAUCGUUUUGAACUACUACUUUCGGACUCCUCAGAUAUGGGAACAACACCUCGGAAUCAUGCAGGAGAGCAUCGAUGCUGCUGCAAAGAUCCAGCAACAACAGGCCGCUGCAGUAGAGAAUGUCGAUGUCAAGCCUCCGAGGACGCCUCUGAAGUGUCUUGAGCUGGCUCGUUACUACAACUUUGAGCCAUCGACUGGUGAAGACCCUGUUCAGCCAUUGAAGGAGAGCAGGAGCCGUGUCGGGCAGCUGGUCCCGGAUACCGUCGAUCCAGAAGUGGACCCCUCAACCGGAAAGCGGAGGUUGGUCGUUGCCAUCAUUCAACGUGAAGGCUCAAGGCGGGUGAUUAACGACAAAGAGCUGGUGGAAGGUCUAGCUGCUGCGGGAUUUCGUGUCAAGUGGAUCACCCUCGACCACGGCUGUGGAUUGGCAGAGACUGCCUACCUUCUGCGCGAUGUUCACGUUUUAGGGUCUCCUCACGGGAAUGCGAUCGGGGCGUCCAUCUUUAUGCCUACAUCUAACCCCGUACCGACUGUGAUCAGUCUCGACGCCUCCCGAUACUCGGAGUCUUGGUUCAUCAACACCGCCACUGCGAUGGGCCAGCGAAUCUUGCAGUCGGUCUGUGGACCCAACGGUUAUGUGGAUGAGGCUACCAAGACGAGAUGCCCCUAUCAUAAGGAUAUGACAGGAGCCAGCAAACUCUUCACGACCUACGGCUGGAGGGUUGUUCUCGGCUUGACCGACGAGAUGACCAAGGAGUACAGGGAGAAGAGCGCCCAGGAUCAAUUGACGAAAGAGGUGAUACAGGAGUUCCGGGAGAGGGUCAGCAAGAGCACGUCUGCACAACAGCUCGCGCAAGAGGAACUGGAUGUUUUGAUCGGUCCAGAGUUCCCACACACCAUUGUCGACAAGUAUGACAGCGAUGUGGUUGUAUACUACCUAGAGGUCUUUUGGAGAGACGCCCCCCGCUACGCAGACGUGCCCCGUGUGGUCGCCCUCAUGCGAGAACUUCAGGAGGAUCAGGAGCGGGAGCAGGCGGCUGCUGCAGCUGCAGCCCAAAAGUCGACUUAUGCCUAUGAGCCGUACUUCGCAUACGUUCGCGAGAACCGGGUCUGUGGUGUCAAGUACUGUAAGCAGAUUCUCACCAGGAAUAUGCUUGCAGAGUCAAGGUCCUAUGGAAUGCACUCGAUUGACGAUCCUUCGCGGUGGGGUCAGUCUGCGGUGGACAUGAAGACUCUUCUUGAGGGUCUUGAGUAUUCUCAGAACUGGCUCCCAACCUCAUUAUUAUCUUAG